AUGCAGUUGGGCGAAGAUUUUCCGAUGCGUCUUGAUAGACAGCGGCAGGUAGAUCGCUGUGUGUACACCCCGCGUACGGAGCCCAUACGCUGGGGUACUCCGAUAUACUUCAAGUUCCCAGAGGGCUACAGAAAGGCUGUCCUUGGAGGUUUCGUGGUACUUGGAAGAGAAGUCUAUGGCCUGACCACGGCGCAUAGCGCUGCAUCCUUCAACAAUGUUUCAACGCCUAAUUCAGAGCCAGACACUCUAGAUCUCGAUGACGAAUUCUUGGAAAGCUUAUGUCCAAGAGAUGAAGACUUUCCUGAUUCUCCUGAUUCUCAGGGUACCGAUUGCGCCUCGGAAACAUCCAGCAGCGAUAUCUCCCUCGACAUUAUCUCGUCCGAGGAGGCGUAUACUGUCGGUGCUACGCAAGCUGGAUUCGAGAAUGCAGGCUCGGCCCUUGACUCCAUUCUUCAAGAGCAUCAACUCGAUCUGCUCGGACAUGUCGCUUAUAUGUCAGUAGGCGAUGUCAACGACGCUGCAGAUUGGGCACUGAUAAAGAUCUCAUCACCUCAAACAUCGUUUGACCCUUCAUCGGGCCUUUCAGAUAUGACAUUCUAUCGGGACGUACUGCGAACACGUUUGGAAGCGGACGAUGUCUCGAAAGUUACAAUGAUCGUUUCUAAAGUCGAAUAUCAGGGGUACAUUGAUGUUAGUCCCAUACGUAUACGACUGCCUGGUGCCACGGAGUUGAUCAGCGUGGCUGAAGUACACAUGCCGAACUUCGAGUUUCGUGAGUGA